CUCAAGGGCCGGAAGUAGUGGAGCGCUCUUCCUCGUGGUUUGUGAGAGCGCAGUCGGUCGUGGAGGUUGGCUUGGUGGUUACGAAGUCCAGAUAUCCCAAAACACAGCCUGUGAGGCUGUAGGUGGAUAUGGAACAAGAUAUCUCAAUGUCCUCAGAUUCUGAAGAAUCUGUUAUCACUGACCGAGAGCUACAGAAAGCAUUUUCUAAAGGUUCAUUAAAGCCAGGUCUAAAUGUUGUGCUUGAGGGACAACCAAAGGCUGUCAACAAUGUGGAUGGAUUGAAACAGUGUCUAUCUGAAUUCCAGAGACAUUUAGCCUGGGUAGAAAGGCUUGAUGUGACUUCUUGUCUGGAAACAAAUGUUCCUUCUAGUAACGUACCUGACAAAGAUGUAGUUGACCCUGAGGAUGACUUCAAAAGAGAGAUGAGUUUUUAUCAUCAGGCUCAAGCAUCUGUGCUGGAAGCCUUGCCUCGGCUACAUCAGCUCAAAGUCCUUACUAGGCGGCCUGAUGAUUAUUUUGCAGAGAUGGCAAAAUCUGACCAGCAGAUGCAGAAGAUUCGUCAAAAGCUGAAGAGCAAACAAGAAGCUAUGGAAAAGUCUGAAAGGGCCAAACAGCUCCGUGCUUUGAGGAAAUAUGGCAAAAAGGUACAAACUGAGGUGCUGCAGAAGAGACAAAAAGAGAAAUCCACAAUGUUGCAGGCAGUCAAGAAAUAUCAGAAAGGUCUGUCAGACAAGCUGGAAUUCCUAGAGGGAGAACAGCCACCACCUUCUCAGGGCAAGAAGAAAGAUGGGACUGGAGGCCAAUUGAUAAAGAAAGGACCAAAUGCCAAACGACGCUACAAGAAUCAGAAAUUUGGUUUUGGUGGUAAAAAGAAAGGCUCGAAGUGGAACACUCAAGAGAGUCACAAUGAUGUGUCCAGUUUUCGUCCUAGUAUGGCCCACUAUAAGGGCUCUGGGAAAGGAGGAAAAAAGGGUGCUAACAAGAGGCCUGGAAAAAAGAUGAGACAGAAAAUGAAGAACCGUUCUCGAUAAGGAAUGAAAUGGGUGGACUUUUUUUCCUUGUAAAGUCUGGCAUUCCUUAGGAACUAGGCAUGUAGCCAUGAAUUUAUGUAGGCCAUGACCUACCCAGCUAUGAAGAUGGCAAAUGCUAAUGACUGAAGUUCAGUGUCACAUGUGGGUUUGUAUGCAAACAGUCGCUCCAUGUUGCCUGUCUUCCAUGCUGGUUUUUCUUUAGGAAUUAAAUAGUUUUGAAAAAG